ACGUUUUCAGUUCUUUGCAUUCGCUUUAUUUUUCCAAUUUAUUUGCGACAAUGGCUGAAAACACUUUUCCUGUAUACACAGCGGAUGCGAUAGUGAACUUUUAUCGAACUGAAGUUCUCACUGGUCAAGAAGCAAAACACUUUAAAAAGAGCGACUUGACUCCUCAUCCAAAGCCAGAAGCAGUUCAGACCUUAUACAUGAGAGUGCUGCAUCUCCUGUAUCGUUUCAGGCCCGAGUGUCACUCCAUGGUUCCGCUUCUGGAGACCAUUCAGUAUCCAGCCUAUCACGAAGGGGCAACUGCUAUCAUGAGUGUCUACACACGCAUGCGGCAGUUUCUGCCUAUGUGUUUGGUGUAUGAUUUUUCACUCAAUGAUCUGCUGGCUCCAAAAAAACAGAGGACUCUAACCAUUCUGAGCGCCAUCAUGAACUUUCUCCACUUCAGAAAGCAGAGGAUGGAGGUCGUCUUGGAGAAGGUUCAAGGGUUCAAGCGGGCAGACAUGGACAGACUGCAGACGGCUUAUACUAAAGGCAUCAGGGAGGCAGAGAAGAAGAUUGAGAUGCUUACGACCAUCCCACCAGAGCAACAGGCUGAGGCUGAUGAGCUGGCAGCUGCUCUCUCUGAGCUACAGGCCACCACCAUGCAUGAAUACCAGGAAGUGAAUGCCAAAAACGACAGCAUCACAGAGUGGAAAGCUACGAUAGCAGAGAAGACCCAGAAACUGGCCCAGGUGAAGCUAGAUGUCAGCAACCUGAAGGAAGACAUCAGCAAACUGAAGUCUCAGAUCGUGGAGUCUCCAGAGGAGCUAAAGAGCCAGAUGGAGAAGAUGAGGGAGAAUGUGAAGAACUCUAUUGAAGAAACAGACGAGCGUGUGGUGGAGCUCCAGAACAUGGUGCAGGGUGUGACUCACACCGAGGCUGAGAUCCAGCAGAUGUGCAGCCUUCUGCAGGACCUGGAGAGCAGCAUGAGCAACACCAAGCAGCGGCUGGAAGAGCGCCAGGAGCUGAUGGCUCAGUAUGAGAAGAAGCAGAAGGAGCUGAAGAACCUGUGCAUGGAGGAAGGCCAGCUGAAGCGAGCUUUGGGCAUGAAGCAGGAUAAGGAGUGCAAACAGAACAUCCGCAGGCAGAAGAAGAGAGAGAUGAAGGAGCAGCACGUUCAGGAAGUGUUGGGGCAGUGUGACCAAAUCCACCAGAAGCGUGAGGACAUGGCUGACAAAAUCCAAGAGAUCUCCGCUGAGACGCAGAAGCUGAAGACCAGCAUUAAGAGCCUGAGAGACGUGUGCAGCAAAGAGACAGAGAAAGCUUAGGCCCUCUAUGACACACUGUCCACAUCCAUGGAUGAGCUCCACAAGAGGAUUGAGAUGCACACCAUGGACCUGAAACUCAGUCUAACCAAGAUGUCUGCAAACUUCUAAUCUCUCUCUUUUUUUCUUUUUUUUUUUUGAAAACCUGUAUUUACUAAUCUGU